UUCUCUUCCCCUUUCACUUGGCUUGGCCUGUGAGAAGUAAAGAGUUAAAAGCUUGAGCUGAGUCUAAGAGGGAGAUGGAGAAGAUGAAGAUAGAAGAGGUACAAUCCACGGCCAAGAAACAGAGAGUCGCUACUCACACUCAUAUCAAAGGCCUUGGCCUCCAGCCCAAUGGAAAAGCAAUUCCCUUGUCUGCUGGCUUUGUGGGUCAGAUCGAAGCAAGAGAAGCGUCUGGUCUUGUAGUUGAUAUGAUCAGGCAGAAGAAGAUGGCUGGUCGUGCUCUAUUACUCGCUGGCCCUCCUGGUACUGGCAAGACUGCUCUGGCGCUUGGAAUAUCCCAGGAACUUGGCAGCAAGGUUCCAUUUUGCCCCAUGGUUGGAUCAGAAGUAUACUCUUCAGAAGUGAAGAAAACUGAAGUUUUAAUGGAAAACUUCCGUAGGGCAAUUGGUCUACGUAUCAAGGAAAAUAAAGAGGUCUAUGAAGGAGAGGUCACCGAACUUUCUCCAGAAGAAACUGAAAGUAUUACAGGCGGCUAUGGUAAAAGCAUUAGUCAUGUAAUUAUUGGACUAAAAACAGUCAAAGGAACCAAGCAACUAAAGUUGGACCCAACUAUUUAUGAUGCCUUAAUCAAGGAGAAGGUAGCUGUUGGAGAUGUUAUAUACAUUGAAGCAAAUAGUGGAGCUGUCAAAAGGGUUGGCAGAAGCGACGCAUUUGCUACAGAAUUUGAUCUUGAAGCUGAAGAAUAUGUCCCUCUUCCUAAGGGAGAAGUUCACAAAAAGAAAGAGAUAGUUCAGGAUGUAACACUACAUGAUCUAGAUGCUGCAAAUGCAAGACCUCAAGGUGGGCAAGAUAUUUUGUCGUUAAUGGGUCAAAUGAUGAAGCCCAGAAAAACAGAAAUUACUGACAAGCUGCGCCAGGAAAUAAAUAAGGUUGUUAAUCGGUAUAUAGAUGAAGGUGUUGCGGAACUUGUUCCUGGUGUUCUAUUCAUUGAUGAGGUACAUAUGUUGGACAUGGAGUGCUUCUCAUAUUUGAAUCGUGCUUUGGAGAGCUCGCUAUCUCCAAUAGUAAUAUUUGCUACAAAUAGGGGAAUAUGUAAUGUAAGAGGGACGGAUAUGAACAGCCCCCAUGGCAUACCUGUUGACUUAUUAGAUCGAUUGGUGAUAAUACGAACACAAAUAUAUGGUACAGCUGAAAUGAUACAGAUUUUAGCAAUCCGCGCACAGGUAGAGGAACUUAUUGUAGAUGAAGAAAGUUUAGCACAUCUUGGAGAGAUUGGUCAACAGUCAUCUUUAAGGCAUGCAGUUCAGUUGUUAUCACCUGCCAGCAUCGUGGCAAAAAUGAAUGGCCGAGACAACAUUUGCAAGGCGGAUCUUGAGGAAGUCGGUGCAUUGUAUUUGGAUGCCAAGUCAUCGGCAAAGGUUCUUCAAGAACAGCAGGAAAAGUUCAUUUCAUGAUAGAUUCUGGAGGUUGAUGCAGCAGUCACAUUGGAAGUAGAAUGUUUUGGUUUGCGGCAUUUCUGUUGCUAUUUCGGUUGGUUGAAGGAGGUAGAUGUUAAGACAACAUAUGCAGAUGACAAGGCUAUUUGUGCCUUUGUAUUUUUCAACUCAAAUAUGAACCUUAGCUUUAAAGAUUAUGAAAAGCUCUCUACAAUGAGCUUAGUAUGGGUAUUAGUUUGGGCAAAUGAAAAUAUGAUCCCUUACACAUACAA